CGACCUGGAAGCUUGGGGACGCGAUGCCUUCGGGGGUGCUGCGUGCUGUGGCAGGCCAAGCUGCGGCAGGCUUCUGCGCCUCUUGUCUCCUGCUCCAAAAUCCCAUCAUCACAAAAUUCCUCGUCUCCAAGGCUAAAUUGAUUUACUCCCCCGAGAAUUCGCGCCUAUCACCACUUGUUUUUCCCAUUUUCCUCACAUCCGAAGCAACUAUCGUCAUUUUGGCCUGCAGCCCCAGCCGAGCAUUUUGAUUGUCGUAUUGGUCGCGCAGCAAUUCCCACCCGCCCGGCGCUCGAGCCGUGACUUCAUCUUCGAGUCUCUCCCUUUCCCUUUCUUCACCUGCGCCCCCGUCGCACCCACAAACCCACCCGCGAAUCAUUUCUCAUCCCAACGCCCGCAGCCACAGUUGGUUGAUUCCGCCAAACCUUUGUCGUCGCAGCCAUGGCUGCGUCACCCAGCUCCGCCGUCGCCAUGUCUGAGGUCGAUGCCAGUUCACCACCACCCCAACACCACCAUCACAUCGAAAAGUCCUUCAUGACGGUGGUCACCGACGACGACGGCGACACCAAGAUGGCGACGGCUACCCCAGAACCAACCGAGACGCAGCCUCGGGGCAAGAAGCGCGCCCGUGAUGAUGGCCAGAAUGGCAACUCUAUCAUCGGCAAAGUCAGGCAUUUGAAGAAGAACGAUGGAGAGCCGCUCUGGCGCGAAGAUAUCCAAUACGACUUUCUCAAGGCCGUCUUCGACAACGAAGACAAGGUCUUCACCAACAGCUACGAACCACAACGUCUGGGCAAGCAAUGCUUUGCCGACCUCUACAUCGACACGAUGGCCAGGAGUAGCAAGACCAGCAAGGUCCUUCGAGACAAGCUGCUUAGUGAUCGCGCUGCCGCCAAGGGCAUGGCCAUGGUCUGCCUCCUGGUCAACAUUGGUCGUAUGAACACGACCCUUAAUUUUUUCCCCGAAAUGCGAGCCCAGCUCCGAACAUACCACGCCAUUCCGUCCCUCCAAGCACAAGCAGAUUCCAACGCAUACAAGCAGCUCCAGGAUGCGCCCAGGUUGAAGUCCAUUUUGAAGGGCGGUAUGGAGGACCGGACAGAGCCCAACUCUCUUGAUGCCGUCAAGGCCGUCAACGUGCCGAGAACCAACCCGGUCAACUUGCUGUUCCUGAUCUGCAGCAACGCUACUAAGGUUGCUGAGCUGCACUUCCCGCCCGGCGGCGAGUUCCACGAUCUCAUCAUGAAGAAGCAGUUCACCAGUGAGAGCCGCGCGAGGGCCUUUUUGUGGAUCAUUUGGUUCUACCUGGAGUCCGACUUCACCGAGGAAGGUUGCGAAGAGAACCCGUUCGGUGCCGGUGUGGACUACGGUGUUGAUGUCGCCAAUCAAGGAGUUCCACAGCUGGUGCUCAUGUCGGAAGAGGAAAUGGUACUCGAAAACGUCGAUACAGAAGAGGAGAAGAGGUUCGGCCGAGAGAAGCAGGAGAUGCGGCGGAAGAUCAUUGAGGCCGACCAACAGUUCAUGGCAGAAAGCCAGACCAAACGAGGAGGUCGAGCUCGCGCCCUGGCUGGAGAGGAAGUUGGUCCGAGCACCGGCAUCUUACCACGGAUUCGCCCUUCUAAGCACGAGAGCGACCAUGAUAGUGUCAGGUCGACUCCGCCGCGUGCUUUGCUCGGCAGGCCAUCUGUUGGUGCCAGCACUGGACGACGUGGUCCCCACUCACUGAAAUAUGUGGUCGAUGGCUCGUCGCCUGGGGGCCCUCAGCUGGAAGGAAUCGUUGCUCGGAAACCUCGACCACCGACUGCUCACCAGAUAGCUGUUGAGCGCAAUAGAAAUCAGCGUGUGGAGUACAUCUUGGAUCGUCGUCUCCGGAAAUCCUAUCACCAGGCACGAAAGAUUCGCCGUGUUGACGGGGCGAUUAUCCACGCUCUUCAGAGACUGGAGCAGCUGGACGAUGAAGACCCAUGGGAGGACAGCGAGGAUGAAGACACGGUCAAGAUCCACAAGGCGGCCAUUGAAAACGCCGGGGUCAAUGUUGAUACUCACCACUUCCGGGAGAGGGGUUACGGCGGGCUGUGUCAGCUCAAGAAUGAGACAGAUGACUUUGGCGAGCAGUUCCACGCGUACACUGCUACCCUUCGACGCGUCUCCCGACGGCUCACCCGCUGGGAGAACAGCGAUGAUCCAAACCUGGGGGUUAUCGCGCCGAUCAAGCGGCCAAAGGCGACGAAUGGAACAGUCAAUGGUGAUGGUUCCGAUGGGGAAGGUGACCAGUCACCUUCCAAGGAACCGAUCGACCCUGCCGAGACUGAGGACGAGGCGGAGAUGAUGUCGGGACGUCAGACCAAGACUGUGCGCCGUCCAAAGGCCAACGGGCUCAACAGGGGUGACACUAAUGGUGACACGCCCAUGGAGGAGGCCGACGACCUGGAUGAUGUGGAUAGGGGGUUGCUCGGUCUGGGUGAUGAGGAUGAGGGUGAUGGUCAGGGGGAUGAUGAUCUGGAUGAUGUUGAGAAGACGCUUCUUGGGUUGGAUGGGGAUUCGGACUCGGAGUAGAAAUCUGACUGUUUUUACCUUGGGCCGAAACCUGGGGUUUUUGUCGGUUUUUGCAAAAGUAAUCAAAGAGGAUAGACAGAGAAAAAUGGGUGGAUAAACAGACUACCACACACCCAAUGCCUCCUCCAUUUCUCAUGAACUGAGGAAAAGGGGGGUUGUGUAUUACAUUUCCUGGGGAGGGGAACUUUUCACUAGGCCUUGUUCGUCGGGAUCAAAAAAGAAUAAAACGGAGUUUUGGUAAGGGGAUUUGCAAGGCGUUUGGGAGGGGUGGGUAAAGGAGGGCAGUUGCCCCUCGAAGGCUGGGCUGGAGAGGGCGCGGAUGAGCCAUGUUGCCCAUCGACACCCCCCUGAAGGGCACUAGGAUGGGGGAAUCGGGUUCUUGCUUUCAGGUGUAUACCACCUUUCCUUCAUAUUCAGCUAGCCAGCGAGAAGAAGAAUUACUGUCGUGAUAGUUGAUUAGUGUGGCAGAAACAACGUGCAUUUUUGCUGUAAC